AAUUUUUUUUUAAAUGUUUGGUUGUAUUGCUGCUGGUCGUCUGGUUCAGACUAAUUUACAACAAGUUGAUGUAAAUCAAUAUGUGUUUGAAUUGACCAAUGCUCAAACUAUAAACCACAUAGUCGUAUUUUUACUUGGUACCAUUCCUUUUGAGCCCGGAUAUGCCGCUACAGUUCAUUUACACUGGCCCAAUAAAGAAUGGCAACUACUGGGAGGUUUGUUUAAUGAAAAACCAAGCGCUAUUUUCCGACUGAAAACAAAGGAAUCAGCUAUAAACAAUCUUCAGAUGUCUACAUCGGCCACAUUGGGUAUUUCAAUUGAGCCCAUUGAUGUAGUUCAACAACAACUUUUAACUUUGAGUCAACCCGUUACGUCUUCGGCGCUUGUUAAGCCAGGAAUGAAUGUAACUCAAGUAGGAGAAAUGGCAGGCCGUAUUUUAGAAAACCUGUUUAAUUACGUAACUUCAUUUACUGUCCAAAAUAUUCCCGUCAAUGCUAUUCCGUUGGGCCAGUUGACGGAUAAUGGGUAUUUACCUUUAAAAACUUUCCAAUCAUGGUAUGAAAACUUAUCAAGAAAAUUAGCCUCAAAUCCAAAUUAUUUAGAGGAAGCAAAAACUGCUUAA